UAUAAGUUUCGUGAUUAAAUGCCGUUUUCGCACACGGUUUGUUUCCCUUCUAAUUUCCGAGUUAGUUUUUCUGUCUGAGGAAUUCAAAAUUGAAGCCAUUUGAGAGGUGGGAAAUUAAAAAAAGAUCGGUUUCCUUUUUACUUUUAUUUAUUGGAUUUUCUAGAAUGCAUCCUUGUAAAUAUAUCGUGAUUUCAGAUGAAGAGGAAGGAUAUCCAUUAGAUGCCUUUUGUAUUCCACGUCAUUAUGAUGCUUUCCUGGAGCGGGUAUUACUUCCGUGUGGAAUUAUACAUGACAGAAUUGAAAGACUUGCCAGAGAUAUAGCUCAGGAUUAUUAUGAUCAGCCUUUCACUGCUCUUUGUGUUCUCAAGGGAGGCUAUAAAUUCUUUGCUGACCUUCUGGAUAAAAUCAAGCAAUAUGUUCGAAAUACUGGAGAACCCACUGCACCCAUUUCAGUUGACUUUAUACGCUUGAAGAGUUAUGAAAAUGACCAGUCCUCUGGUAAGCUGAAGGUUAUGGGAAUAGAUAAUCUCAAGACAUUGGCUGGAAAAAAUUUGCUGAUUGUUGAAGACAUUAUUGAUACCGGAAGGACAAUGCAAAAUUUAUUGGAUCUUCUUCAGGAAUUCAAGCCAAAGUCUGUAAAAGUUGUCAGCUUGUUUGUCAAGAGAACUCCUAAAAGCAGUGGUUAUCGACCAGAUUAUACUGGGUUUGAAGUUCCUAAUAAGUUUAUAGUUGGAUAUGCUCUUGACUAUAAUGAGUAUUUUAGAGAUCUAAAUCAUGUAUGCAUUAUCAAUGAAAAUGGCAAAGUUAAAUAUGCAAAGAAAUGCUGAAGAAUUUUGCUUGCAUUUUUUAUGUGUUCAUUCAUUUUAUUGUGUAUAUUUGACCCUGUCAUAUCGCAUAACUUUAUUUAUGUAUUGCAUAAUCAUGUAAGUGAAGGAAGAGUUGAAUGUUUUAAGCAUAUCAAAAGUUCUUAUUGUUAUGUAUGUGUGGACUCUACAAAGUGUUUAAUAAACUCUACAAAGUGUUUAAUAUUUAAAUAAAUUAUUUUUGAAAAUGUACAUAAUUUAUUGGCAUAUUUCCUACAUAUAUAAUGUUUCAUAUAAAUUUUUCUUGAAAACUAGCAGUGCAUUGUAACUGUGUAGCUUUCUUUUUGUAAUAACUUCCGAGUUUAUAUGAAAUUAAGUGCAAAUGAUCAUUUUCAUGUAACUAAUUCUUGAAAAAUAAUUUCUUUUUUAUAUAUUACUUCUAAUGUGUUCUUGUUGUGCUAGCUUUUUAUAAAUUUACAUUAAAUAUUACAUAUAGAUGAGAGAAAAUCAAAAUAUCUGUACGAGGAAGGAAAG